CGGUCCUGUUUGCCUCCACCAUGGCUCUGCGGCGGGUGCUGGGUCUCGGGGGGUGCCGGCUUAGCCGGAGCUUCUGUUCCAAGCCCCCGCUGCCCCCCGAACUUUUGGAGGGCCUGAGGGCCGUGGUCGGGGGCCCCAACGUCUCCACGGCCAUGGCGGUGCGGGAGCAGCACGGCCACGACGAGUCCAUGCACAUGUGUGCCCCCCCGGACGCCGUGGUGUGGCCGCAGUCGGUGGGGCAAGUGCAGGAGCUGGCAGAGCUCUGCCACCGCCACCGUGUGCCCAUGGUGCCCUUUGGUACCGGCACCGGCCUCGAGGGUGGCGUCAACGCCGUGCAGGGUGGUGUCAGCUUUGACCUGAGCCGCAUGGAUGCCAUCACGGAACUGAGCCUCGAGGACUUCUCGGUGAUGGUGGAGCCCGGAGUCACCCGCAAGGCCCUCAACAACCACCUGCGGGGCACCGGGCUCUGGUUCCCCGUUGACCCCGGGGCAGAUGCCUCGCUGUGCGGCAUGGCGGCCACGGGUGCCUCGGGCACCAACGCCGUGCGCUACGGCACCAUGAGGCCCAACGUGCUCAACCUGCGCGUGGUGCUGCCCGACGGGCGCUUGCUCCACACCGCUGGCCCCGGGCGCCAGGCCAGGAAGAGGGCAGCCGGCUAUGACCUGACCUCGCUCUUCGUGGGCUCUGAGGGCACCCUGGGCUUCCUGACUCAGGCCACCCUGCGCCUACACCCCCUGCCCGAGACUGCCGCCGCCACCAUCGCCACCUUCCCCACCGUGCGGGCGGCUGUGGCGUGCACCGUCCAGGUCCUGCAGGCUGCCGUGCCCGUGGCUCGCAUCGAGUUCCUAGAUGAGGUGAUGGCAAACGCUUGCAGCCGGUUCAGUGGUGUAGACCUGCCAGCAGCACCCACGCUCCUCCUGGAGCUCCAUGGGUCCCGACGUGGCCUGACUGAGCAGCAGCAGCAGACAGAGGAGAUCGUGCGGCUGAACGGCGGCUCCGAGCUGUCCUGGGCGGAGGGUCCGGAGGAACGCGGGCGGCUCUGGGCCAUGCGGCACAGCGCUUGGUACGCCAGCCUGGCCCUGCGGCCUGGCUGCCAGGGCUACUCCACGGAUGUCUGUGUGCCCAUCUCCCGCCUGCCUGACGUGGUGGUGGAGACCAAGCAGGACCUGCAGGACUCCGGCCUCACUGGCCCCAUGGUGGGACACGUGGGUGAUGGCAACUUCCACUGCCUGCUCCUCUUCAACAGCCAGGACCCUGCCGAGGCCCAGCGCGUCCACGCGUUCACCCAGCGCCUGGGCAGGCGGGCACUGGCAGCUGGGGGUACCUGCACUGGGGAGCACGGUGUGGGGCUGGGCAAGCGGGCACUGCUGCUGGAGGAGCUGGGCCAGGAGGGGUUGGACACCUUGCGCUGCAUCAAGGCUGCUCUGGACCCCCACAACCUCAUGAACCCCGGCAAGGUGCUCUGAGGGGUGCUGCCAGCUGGCACCCAGCUGGUGAGGGGGCCACACUGACCUCCUGCCCCCUCCCAGCAUCCCCAUCUCAACCUCUCUGGGUCAGGGAUCCCAAAUAAAUCCCUUGGCAGCCACA